CUCGGGGGAUGUUGUAAACGAUCAACAUAAAUCUUUUAUGAUCAAGGUGAGAAAAUAAUUGUUUACUGCAUAAAGACACGAGGCUGUACAAAAGUGGUCUCAGAAGUAAUUUUUGUUUAUUUCAGUUGUAUAGUUUAAUGUUACGAAUAAGAGAUCUUUGCACUACGCGAUGUAAAUUGCAUUUAGCAAUUUCAGGAGGAAGAUGUGUACUGUAAAGUGUUCUAUGCAGAAAUUCUUGUUUAUCUUUGUAUAGGUUAAUGUUACAAAUAUUGGAUCUCUGCAGUGUGCACGAUCAAUUGUAUUUAGCAGUUCAGGAGGACGAUAUUUUGACUACUUGUACAUUUCCACAAAUACAUAUCCACUAGUUAGUUGCCUGAAUAAAAUGAAAUUCAUCCUUCAUGCGAAAGUGAUGUUUGUUUCUAUAGGACUGAGCUGCAAACUUCUAUUUACUAAGCAGUGCGAUGUUAAGUAUUUGAGAUGCUCAACAAGAAGACGAGUUGACUUUAUGUCGAAAUAACGUGAACAUAGAAUUAUUAUUAUCGGCACUCAGGCAGUUUUGGCUUCUUAGAGCUGUGGAAUAUUCUAUGAGCAACAAAAAUUGCACCUAAAAUGAACUUCCUAGUAAAUAAUAGUGUCCUGUGAGGAAUCGUAGCUGCUCAAAUGAUGAAUUUAUAUCAAAAUGAACAUAGAGUUAUUAACAGAGCAAUUGACCCAAGGAGGCUUGGUAUUUCAGGGGCUAUGCACUAUGCAACAAAAACUGCACCUGAAAUGCUACGAUGCUAAAAGAAAAUGCAUUACAACAACAUAAUUGAUUGGAAAUGUUUCUUGUGUAUCGUAAAUAGUCCGUUAUGUCUUGACAUUAUCCUUCACCAUAAUAUACAUUGAUACCAUGGCCAUUGAGGUUCAGUUGUAACACUCAGAAAGUUGUAGGUAUUUUUUAAGCAGACAAAGGAAAACCACUUUAAAGUAAAAAACAAUCACCGUUGUGUGGCAUAACGAGGUCAAAAUGAAUGACAGCAUUAAACUAGAUUUCCUUUCAUUUUUUGUUAUGCAAAGCAUGUAAUUUUACGAGGUAUUGCAGUGAAAUUUAAACCAACAAAUUAAGUCAACCAGUUAUGACCUACGACACUGUCCUUCCAGGCACAACAGCUACAGACUAAAAGUGAAGCGUGGAAACAACUUGGUUGUUAUUAAGCAAAUUCAAUGCGAGCGAACGCCAUCUGGAGGGCCAUUUGAGGCUUGCGCAGAUUUAUUAUUUUUCAUAGAAGAAGAUGUUAAAUUGAGCAGAUUCUAGGAGAUCUUCGCGCGCAAAAAUAAUUCCAAAAUUUCGUAGGCUCUGCCUAUUGCAUUGCAUGGUCAAAAAAUGAGGCCUAGCAUCGAUAUUUUUCUUGCGCAAAGGAUAAAAAUAGAAAUAAAUAUUUUGGACACUGACGAAAGUUGCGCGGUAAACCUAAGUACAGGGAUUUUCCCCAUCUACCUAACGUUUCGCGCGUAUUUGAUUGGCUAAAUUUUAUACAAUCAAUUGCAAGCAUAUAAAAACCCAUCCCAAAUUAGUUUUCCUCGCCUUCUUGAGUUAAACUGGGUGUAAAAAUUGAAAAAGACGAAUUUAGUAUCGCUGCACAUUCAGUAUGGCUCAACCACCCGAUCCCCUUGGUCGCCAUCGAUAUGAAAUCCUAAAAAUCUGGAUCCCUACACAUGGAGUCGUGAACAUUUACCGAAAACCAGGAGGCAGUAAGAAUGACUUACAAAGGUACUGGUAGAGUUUUGAGAUUCAUUCGAACUUAACUGGGCUUUCAUCUCCACAGAAUACCACGCCGACAAUGGAUUUAUACUCGAGAAGCCUGUCGAAAGAUAUGGUGUAGAAAGACUCCGAGUUUUGGCCUCGCAAGGUGGUGUUAUCAAAAUCAAAAGGGAUGAAAAUGUUCCAGCCAGGCAAAACAAGUAUACAAUCGAUCCGCCAAACCUUUCAAUGGACCAGUCUGAGGUUUACGUUGAAGACCCUCAGCCUUGGUAAAAAAGUAAGUACAGACAUUGAUCUAAGUUGCGAUUGCAAUUAUCGAUUUUAACUUUCCGUUAUGGGGCUUACGAUUAAAGAGGAAAUAAAAAUUCUACAAGCGUACGCAGUAAGGUGAUGAGUCAGCAAGUUUGCGCGCAAAAGGAAUGCAAUGUGGCUACGUCGACAAAUACGGAAUAUCUGGUGUGACCAGUCAAACCGUAUAACAAUGAAAACUUUAAAUCACUGAGUUCUCUCUGAAAGGAGUCCAUUUUGUUCUUCAAUAUAGGAAACCCCGACGACAACAUGGCAAGGAACAAGAGUGAGAGGGAGAGAGAGCGUCAGCUUUUUUUUUCGUAUCUUGUUUUAAAAAUUCAACAUCCUGUAAUAAAAUUGAUUUGAUUGUUUGAAAAGAUGCCUGUUGUCUUUGUUUAUUGAGCAUCAAUACUAUUGGUGUAAAAAUGCAUUUUUCUUGAAAGCGAGACAGAGGGCAAAAAUAAGCCAUGACGCAAUGAAGAGUCUCGCUGCUUCUGGAUUGUGCGCAGAAGCGCGAAAAUACGAAUACGUCUCGUGACUCAAAACUUGCAGAGAUUUCAAACGUAUCUGACUCGCAAAAAGAUCUACUUCGAUAAUUUUUAAAAUGGCCGGCUAUGAACCAGAGGAGCCGGAGCUUUCUGACGAUUCUAAAUAUUGUCAAGCAGUUAGAAUAGGGCGGGACAAUAAAGGCGCCGAACUCACAAUCUUCUACACACCGAAUGAAGGUCAGGCGAGAUUACUUUCAGGCUUUUUCAAACUUAUGGCCCAGAUUUCAUCAAUAAAAUGCGUGAAAUAUAUUCUUAGGAUACCAAAUUCACAACGGAUACCUGGCAGAGGAGAAGGAAUCCAACAGUCAUGGUAGACGUUAUGACAAGUUGACAAUAGUUACAUCCAGAGGAAAGAAAAUCGAAGUUCGUCGAUACGAAGACGAUGAAGGUGAUUCCAUAUAAUUCAGUCUUGAUAAAAAUUCACAGAAACAUGGUGUAAUUCUCAACCUCUCUCACUUUUGUAGAAUUCGAGGUAAUGUCACAGGGAUAUUGGAUAAGUCAAAAGGAUGUCGAACUUUGAAUGACGGUAAGAAAUACAAGUGCGAGGAUGAUGUCGCACCUUUGUACGCGGGAAAGUAAUGCUCAAUAAAUCUGCCAUGACCGCUCUUUAUUGACUGAUCAAGACUGUAAGACGUUUUGCCGAAAAAUUCUCACACUUUACCAUGAGCUAAUAGGUGACUUGAUGGAAUCACUAUGUUUAUCUCAGUUGCAGAAUACAUCAAUUUCACAAGACGUCUGAAUUUGCUAAAGACGACCCUCAAAAUCUUAUACUUUGUGACUAUUCCACUGAUGUAACUUAGGAAGAUUAUCUUGUCAAUCAAGUAAUAAAAUAGAUACUGUUGCAACAAUAUCCGUGUGCGGAAUUACGUCCGAAACAUUUCGCAACCCAAAAAUAAACGCGGCAACAUGCAUGUGUUCAAAAUAAUAUUUCUCCUGUCAUAGCUCCACGAUCAGUGCAGUUCCAAAAAUAGCCUUUCUGUCAUGUUGACAGCUAACGUGCCCUACAAACGCUACUCUAAACAACUGUAGAAUCACGAAAACUGGGACCUUUUCGAUAAAGAAAACUAGCUUGAAUUGAACUUAAGUUAUCGAAGGGUAAACACAUUAAGGAGUAAUCCGAGAUAAGCAACAAAUCGUUGCGAGUUCGCGGGGAGUUCGAGUGAGCGGCGGUUAACAGAAGUAGACAAAACAUAUCUAGAGCAUAAGUGCUUGCCAAAUACAAAUAUCAUGUCUCUGUCAUGCGUAUUACAAUUUUGCUGAUACAUCAUAUUACUUGCGUAAGCAUUACCGUCGAUGCUCGGAAAACAACUAACGAGAGCAAAUUUUUCUCGCUGCGUUUCUCAUCCACGAGAUAGUCUAGUAUUUACGACAAAGAUGUAUGGUCAUAGACCCUGGGAACCCGUGUACACUUCUGGAGAAGCAGUUCGUGUUGGAAGAGGCUCCAGUUAUCUUGACGUGAUAAUUCGCUACAAUAACCCCGGUUUUGGACGAGGAGGUAAUUUGAGUCUGUUACUCUACAAUGCUUGCGCAAAACUGGGGUUAUUAAAAAGGUAUCGCAUUCUAAAUUCUCUUGUUUAGAGUUCAGCGUUGAUCGCGGAUGGAUACUCAAUCAACAGCCGGUAAACGGCGGACGAACACUGCGUAUUCAGACAUACAGCGGACAUGAUUUUCAGAUCACCCGUCGACGAGGAGGAGGUACUUUUCUUUUCUUGCAUUGGAUUCAAACACUAACAAUACUCCUAACAUUAACUAUGAUGUGAUUUUAUCUUGAAGAAUAUGUUAUGGAAACAUACGGUUACUGGUGCACGAAGGUAUAGCGCGGCUAAAAUUUGUGACGGUAAGAUUCUUUCAUUAUCAUUCUCUCUCGCACAAUUUAAUGACAUUGGUUGACAAGCCUGCAUAGAAAACCAUCUACCGAGUCAUUCAAAGUUGUUCAGUUAUGUCAUUCAUUGAUCUCCCAUUUAAAGAACGGAAGAACUAAGUCAUUUUAACGCACAGGGAAAUUCAUCAAAUAAAUUGUUUCAUUUGUAAAACGUGCGCCAAUUGAUGUUCUCUUCCCUUUUUUUAUUUCAGGCUUUGCCGAGAAGAACAAAACAUUUAUUCCUACAUAACCUACUCAAUCGAAUUUUGUAAUCACUUUAAAGUUAAGAUAUCAUAAACUCUGUAACAAUAAAAAUAAAAUGAUUACUCUCACAACACAGAAAUGUCUGGCCUCUUUAUGCGCAUAAUUGCAUCGACACGUAUCCCCUUACUUCAUU